AGGCAACAAGAAUACACUGAAAGAGAGACAAGGGAGAGUGUGUGGAGGAAUGUGACAGCGUGGGCUAUUAUAGGAGAUGGGACGGACUGAUUGCAUCAAACCAGGUGGGACUGACAGAAAACUCCAAAAAACAAAGCAGACAUCUCUGUCAGACUGCAGACUGUAGAGUGUGGCUUUGUCCACGGUGAUCCACAGCGGCAGCACAAGUGAGUGAAGGGCAAAGAGAGUGGAAUGGAGAUGAAGCCGUUGACAGUUCUGUGGGAGGGUGAUGAGUACCUACUUAUCUUCACAUCUAUGUAACUUCACCACGUGGACUUCAGCCCCACCUGGUCCUCACCUAUGCCUGCAGGACCAUGGGUAGUGUCAGCAGUCUCAUUAGCUGCAACAAUCUCAACAGUAAACACUGCAAGGCGUCUGUAGUUACGUUAAAGAAGGAAGCAAACCACCACAGAAAGACAGGUGGUUGUAGCCUUGAUGGAUUACUGAAGUGUGGCUUUACUCAAAGGACCUCCACUCAUCCCGCAAAAGGCCUCUCCCACUCCCGGUCGGGACGAAGUGAAGAUUUCUUUUACAUCAAGGUGAGCCAAAAACCAAGGACAGUGUACCACAGAGGAGGACCAAUGGAUGACCAAGUUGAACAAGGGAGCAGAAAUGAGGAACUAGAUAGACAACAACAACCCAAACUGCUGCCCCUGGCAGGGAAUGUCAAUGCAAGAAGCGCUGCUGACAAGUCAUUGGUCCGUUCCAUUGCUUUCAAGCCUGUGAUUCCCAGGAGUCCGUCAACCGCAGAGACAGGCCACAACAGCCUGGACCUGAUCCUCAGUCCUCUGGAGAAAGCCAAGAACCCAGACAUUAGACACAAGCAAGACAUGUUUUCAGGGACUCUCUCUGACUCAGGACGCAACUCCAUGUCUAGCUUGCCCACCCACAGCACCAGUGGCAGCCUAAGUGCUUCCACAGGUCCUGUCACUCACAGCGAUGGCAGCUCAGCUCAAGCAAACAGCCUCAGCAAGUGGCUACAACCCAAUUUCCCCCUAUGGGUCAACGGAAACAAGCCUGACUCCAACCAUCGAGCCAGUGUGAACAAUGAGGAAUUGGCAACGGAGGUUAAUGGAGACACUGGCGCACUACUUUCUGCUGAUGAUUCAAUCCUUCUGUCUGAAACAACAGGUGGGAUUCGGGCCCCAAUUACGACAGAUGAGUCAUUCAUUGAACGUCUGGAACAGAGGCUGAUGGAAAGAGAGACUGAACUCCAGGAGCUGCAGGUCCGUUUUGAGAAGAAGGAAGCAGGCACUUGCCAGCUCUUUGAGGAGAAGCAAAGGUAUUGCACUGAGGAGAUGAAAAGGUUGACGCAACAAUAUUCCACCAAGCUAAGUCAAGUUUCUCAAAUGGCUGCAAGAAAUCAGCAAGCACUCCAAUUUCAGAUCAGCCAGCUCCAGGCGGAGAAGGACAAACUUGUUGGGGAUGUCUUCAAGCUGACCCAGGAAAACGAUCUUGUUGAGUUGAGACUGAUGUCAUAUGAACAGGAAACCACACAGCUGGCUCCAACACUGGAAGAAACCCAGUGGGAGAUGUGUCAGAAGAUUGGGGAGAUCUCCCUGCUGAAGCAACAGCUGAGAGACUGCCAGGCCGAUGUUACCCACAAGCUAAAUGAGAUUGUCAGCCUCAGGACGUCACUGAAGGACAUCACAGCAAAGGUGGAGAUGCUUGAAGAACAAAAAAAAGACCAUGAGGAGAAGCUCCACUCUCGCACAGCAGAGGUUGAGGUGUGCCAAAAUGAACUCCAGCGGAAAAAGAAUGAGGCUGACUUGCUGCGAGAGAAAGUGGGUGAACUUGAGAAGGACAUUAAGGGAAUGAAGCAGGACCUGGCUUCAGCCGCAGAGCAAAAGGGCAGACACAGUUUGCAGCUGGAGGCCCAUUCCCAAAAUCAGUUGUCAGAACAUCGAACCCAAGACGCGGGUUCCCCAUCGCACAGCCAAGAUGGGCUUCGCGGGGGAUCUGUGUCCGCAGAAACCCUCCAGAGGGAAGUGGAGCAGCUGAAGAGACAGCUCGGGGAUGAGAAAGACGCUCAGAAGAGGCUGGCUGACAGCUUUGAGCAGGAGAGACAGACAUGGAAUAAGGAGAAAGAUCGAGUGAUCAAGUACCAGAAGCAGCUUCAGAUCAGGUACCUGCAGAUGCACAAAAAGAAUCAGGACCUGCAGCGGAUCGUGAAGGAGCUGAGUGCUGAACUGGAGAGCCGGACAACGCUGGGCGUGGACAGCGCCUACAAUUCAGGGUUACAAACAUACGAUGACGUCAUCGCCACUGAGAUCUGAUCCACGCUCAGAGCCACACUCUGUGAAAGUCAAAUGGACACUGAUCUGUUUUGGUUUUUUAACCGCAGAUAUUUAAGUGUUUGUCACAAGUGGUUAGUAAUUCCCGUGAGAUUCCCUGCUACUGCAUUAGUUUAAAAUGUAAUUUAACAGAAAUCUGGCAUGUUUUGUGUCCAGGUGAAUGGAAAUAAUAUAAUCAAAAUGUUUUUGUGAUCACAAUAUGAAUACAUACCUAAAAGUUAAGUUAUUUAAUAUUCAACUUGUGUUUUUUUACACUGGCAGAUCGUGCAUAAUUUUGUAGUUGUACUUGGUGUGAGUGAAUUCUCUCCUGACAGUUUAAGAAGACACAAUCAGCAUGAAAAUGGAUUAACAUCUGUCCAGCAUGACACGACACAAACAUACACCUCCUGCCAAUCACAGUCCCAGAUAGUUUCUUGAAUUGUCCUCAUGUGUCCAAACUACUGUAUUUUUUUAGAACUAUCUUCUUCGAGUUUGUACAUGUACAUUUUUUUAAGAAAAUACAAUUCAUACAUGUGUUAAUGUGAGUAUUUGCUAUAUCCACAAACCAAAAGAACACAGCGUGUUGUUACCUUUGCAUGUCAGGUUGUCACAUGCAGUGUAAAAGGAAAGCCAGCACUGGAGUUCAUAUAUCGUAUUAAAUCUGUUAAUU